CGCAGAAAUCCUCUUUUCAACAACAUUUUAACUGUGUGAGACAGCCUACAGACACACACCAUCGCAGGAAUGAAAGGAGUUACUGCGGGGAAAUAAAUCGCGUGGUUGUUUUCGGAGGUGCCUACCCUCGUGCAGCCGAGAGUGCGCAAUGGCGGCGUUCAGAGGGAUUUGGACUCAGGACUUCUGGAGGGCAGUCUCCGGCGAGUUCCUGGCGACGCUGAUCUUCGUCCUGCUCAGCCUGGGGUCCACCAUGACGUGGGCGGAGAAGCCGCCGUACGCGGACCGGCUGCUAAUCUCGCUGUGCUUCGGACUGAGCAUCGCCACCAUGGUGCAGUGCUUCGGCCACAUCAGCGGCGGCCACGUCAACCCCGCCGUGACGGCGGCGAUGGUCUGCACCCGGAAGCUCAGCCUGGCCAAGGCCGCCUUCUACCUGCUGGCCCAGUGCCUGGGGGCCGUGGUCGGAGCGGGAAUCCUCUACAUGGUGACUCCAGACAAGACGGUGAGAGGGGACUUCGGAGUGACUAAGGUCAACCGCAUCUCGCCGGGCCAGGGCCUGGUGGUGGAGUCCAUCAUCACGUUUGAGCUGGUCUUCACCGUGUUCGCCACCUGCGACCCCAAACGCGCCGACCUCAAGGGCUCGGCCGCCCUGGCCAUCGGCUUCGCCGUCGCCAUCGGACACUUUUUCGCCAUCCCGUACACGGGCGCCAGCAUGAACCCGGCUCGCUCCUUCGGCCCGGCCGUGGUGACGUGGCACUGGGAGGACCACUGGGUGUACUGGGUGGGUCCCAUCAUGGGCGGGGUCCUGGCAGCCGCCCUGUACGAGUACCUGUACUGCCCCGACCCGGAGCUGAAGAAGCCCUUCGCGGGAAUCUUCUCCAAGGACACGUACCAGGAGGUGGCGGACGGCGGGUUCCAGCGCGACGCGGACGAGCUGGUGUUCAGGCCGGGUCCCGUCCACGCGCGGGACGCCCAGAGGCCCGAGAAGAAGGACCGGGACCCGGCCAGCGAGGUGCUGUCCUCGGUAUGACUAGCAAGGAGCGCUGGGAGCGGAGAUCCCCCCGUUACACUCCACUGCUGCUCCGUCUCCACCCUCAAAGAGACGGAUCUCCUGUGAACCGGCUCCCUCUCAGGCCCUGCCACUCCGAUCACGGUCCUCCAGGGCCCGGGGCUCAUGGUCUUCCACCCUCCCUUUACCUGGGAGCCGGGCGUCAAGUCCGUCUGGCCAUAUCGGUACACCUAAGUGAUCAGUUAAUUACCUGGGAGAAAUCAAAACCAGGGCCGGAUUUGGGUGCGAGGACCAGAUUUGGAUAUUCAUGCUCUGAGGAGACCAGCAGGACCUGGGUCACCGGUCGUUAAUUUGGGUUAGUUUGCCCCACAGUACAAUGGCAGUGGCCAAUGUAGGAUCUCACUACCAAGCUCCUGGUUACUGACCCAGUUAAGUUAACUGUAAUCACCAUGGCAACCAACUGUGGCUCUUACCAGUAAUGUUAAGACACUUUACUGGCAUUUCACAACAGAGCUGGACUCAUGUGUGCCUUCUCUCCUCUUGAGACGUAUAGUGUUAUUGUCAUGAGAGACAGUAAGGAUGCUACAAACAUGUACUACACAAGGCCUGCUUGAACACGUGGCCUUUUUGUACGUUAUCUCUCUUCUCCGAUGAGAGCUGUUCACUGUUCAAAGACUCAACGCUGUGCUUGCCUUCAGCAGUGGCUUAGCAUAGCAUAGCUUAACUACAGUACAGAUGCAAGGUUCUUCAUUCUUUUAAUGAGUUGUUAUGUAUUUUUUAUAGUGUACAUCUUCUGGUAUGUUGCGGCUCUGUUUCUUUACUUCCUGCUGAUUGCUCCAUUCUACUGAUCUUUUGGGCUCUGAUUUCCUGGACUUGAGAAGUGAGUGGUUUUGUGAAUACAUAUUGUAACUGCACCAAUGAAAUGGUAAAUGGUAAUUACCUUUCUCUUAGUAUCCUGUUCUCCCGAGAGUAUUUCCCUGAGUUCACAAUUCAACAUAUAAAACGGUCAGAAAACCCCAUUACUCUGGCCAAGAUAAAUUCAUAUCGAGGAAUGUUAUCCCCAGUCUUGACAGCAACCACAUAUGUAAGAGAAAUGGUUAGAUGUAUUUUUGAUAAAGCAAUACAAACAAUGUAGUUUAAACAAAGAAAUUAUAAAUAUGAGCAGACUGAAAAUCUUUCUGGUAUAUUCCAUUAUAUUCAGCGGGCAGAUGUACUGCAGAAUUUAUUUCAAGCCCUGGAGACAGUAUUUUCUCUUGAUAUGUGGAUUAUUUUACAAUAGGUUUUCUGUGUUAGCCUUUCGCUGCACUUCUAUUGCGUUGGGUGAUGUACUAGAUAUAAUGUAAUGGAUUCAUUGAUUGCAGGUUCACACAGGUUGUGACACCCUAUUCGUAGAGUCAUGAUGAAUUGGAUUUCAGCUGCACUACAGCAAGUUUGCCUUCAUCGCUGCUUCAGGUAGUGCAAAGGAGAAGCACUUGAAGCGAGUCAACUGGACCCUUAACUCGCAAGGGAGGAGUUCCACACAGGGGAGUCAUGUGACAGGGGUCAUGGCUGAGUUCCGGGCAGGGGAGUCAUGUGACAGGGGUCAUGGCUGAGUGAGAGUGGUGUGAUGUCACAAUGUGAUGGUGUCAUGGUGAUUUCAGUGCUAUGCCAGGGUGAGAAGAUCAGACCACUCCCAUCUCUUUGUGUAUGCACUGGACUACCAGGCGCGAACCUUCAAAGGGCCAUUUCACUCUUUGGAAUUAUCUGAUGAAAUGAAGGGAUUAAAAAAGCACCGGCAUGUUUAUUUGAUUGUAUUCACUGGCUUCUUUCAGCCUGUGUUUUGGUUGUAGGGCGAGAGUCUGGUUCGGAUGAAUAAUGCACACUGCCAGGUUUGGUGUUGUGGAGAAACAGAAACGGCGAUGCUUCACAGAGGUCCGCGUGUAAACCCAAAGCAUCAGCGGGGCAGGAUAAUGUACGGAAACACAAGUUAAAUGGCUUUGAGCCCCAUUGAUUAGUGCUCUGCAGUCACGAGAGGGACUGCUGCUGUUCAAGCUCCAUCUGUUAAAAUCCCAUUAUCACCUCUCCGCUUGAAUAUGAGACAUUUCUUUCACAUAGAUUUCACUGUAAACUCGCAGACAUUUGUCAAGCGGUCCAUGAAAAGCGCUGGGUGAUUUGACACCUACUAAAUGCUGUAGAUGUUGUUUUCUUGGCAUGAGACAUUUGUCUGUUUUUGAGAUGAAACAACACUAUUCUGAUCAUAGUAAAUACAACAGUAGUGCUUAUUAAAAGGAAAUAUUUAUGUUUAGCAAUGAAAAAUGUCCAUCGUUUUUUAUUUGAAAAAGUAUCAGCCGAAUGGGUGUGAGGCUCUACAUACACUCUAGCUGAGAAGUAAAGACUUUGUUACAACAAAAUUCUAACCUGAAAUAUGACUUGCAUAUAUAUGACUGUAUAUACAUUUAAUUUCAUGUUUGGUUUGAGAACUAUUUUUAAAUUCAAUAUAGUUUGUAUUCAUUAUUAUUUAUUAUUUUUCUAGCUUGGGAAUUAGCUGUCUGAUUGUUUUAGACAUACCCUGUAACUGAUCAUAUUAAAGCAAUGGCUGUAGACUCUUAGAUGUUAAAGAAUUCUUUCCAGGCAAGAAGUGUGGCUUCUCCUCAGAAAUACAGCAUUCCAUUGAGAAGAAUUCUUUUUUUACAGGCCUGCU